UUUUCUCUUCAUUCUAUUUGACACUCACUUCUUUUUUCACUAAGUUUUUGCACUAAAAUGGCUUCCCUUUUCUCUCUUUCUUUUGUACUCAUUUUCUGUUUGUACAUCAGCUUUGCUUCUGCAACAUCUGUUCCAUAUCUUGAUGAUUUACUGCAAAAUGGAGACUUUGAACAGGGGCCAAAACCAUCAAAUAUGAAGAAAACAGUGAUCAUUGGCAAAUACUCCUUGCCCAAAUGGGAAAAAAAGGGUGUAGUAGAAUGGGUAUCCGGUGGGCCCCAGCCGGGCGGCUUCUACUUCCCGAUCCCUCGUGGGGCCCAUGCGGUUCGGUUAGGGAAUGAGGCUUCUAUCUCUCAAUAUGUAAAGGUGAAGCCAAACACAACAUAUUCCCUCACAUUUGGAGCCACCAGAACUUGUGCUCAAGACGAGGUCCUUACCGUCUCAGCUGCAGGAAUGUCGAGUGAUCUUCCCAUUCAGACACUAUAUAGUGCUGAUGGUGGUGAUACUUAUGCUUGGGCUUUCAAAGCAAACUCUGAUCUUGUUAAGGUCACAUUUCACAACCCUGGUAUCCAAGAAGAUCCAACUUGUGGACCACUUAUAGACCAUGUUGCAAUCAAGGAAAUGAGCCCGGCAACAUAUACUAAAGGUAACUUGGUGAAAAAUGGUGGAUUUGAAAAUGGUCCUCAUGUAUUCAAGAACUUCUCGACAGGGGUGCUCGUCCUCCCUCUGAAACAAGGCCCGUACUCACCAAUUCCCGGAUGGAUGGUUCAGUUUGCAAAACCAGCAAAAUACAUCGACUCGAAGCAUUUCUUAGUGCCUUCAGGAUUUGGAGCUGUUGAAUUGAUAGGAGGAAGGGAAACAGGCAUUGCACAGAUCGUAAGAACAGUCCCCAAACAAUUCUACAACUUGACUUUCACCAUCGGCGAUGCCAACAAUGACUGCCACGGAUCAAUGACAGUUCAAGCAUUUGCUGGCAAGGCCAGUACAGAAAUUUCCUUUGUAUCAAGUGGAAAAGGAUGGUACAAGAAAGCAAGCUUCAAGUUCCAGGCGGAUACAAGUAGAACAACAAUAGCUUUCUAUAAUCCAUACUAUCACACGAAGAUACAUGACUUCGGUCACAUGUGUGGACCUGUCAUCGAUGAUGUUAGUCUUGUUCAUGUCCGUAAAUAACCAGAAGGAAAUGAGCAUACUUAGAAAAGGUCAAUUUCUAGACAAGUUUUAAUAGGAAUAGAUUUUUCUCUUUUCAAGAUCAAAUUUGUAAUACUCAAGCAAGUGAACACAUGUGUGAAGAAGGGUAGUGAAAUCUACCAUUGUUUUUAUGUUUCUUUAAGUUUUCAAUCUGAACAAGAAUGAUAUAUCCAAUAAAAGUAGUAACAUACCUUUCUUGUU